AUGUUCAACAGCUCUCUGCGCCGGGUGGCGCGGACUUGCUCCCAUGCCUCCCCAGGUCCUUCCCGGUCGACAACGCAGUCUGUAGCGUCUUUCACCUCUCACGCCCAUCAACGGCGGCACUCCUCCUCGAAACCACCGGUGCCGCCCAACAAUGGCUCAUCCGCUAUCCCAGCAGCUUCGGUCAAGCAAGUAGGAGCACCGCGGUCAGAUACGAAGCGACCGGCGGCAGAGGCACGCUCCUCGAAGAAGAGAUCUUCCAAAGACAAGCUGGAGACAAAGCAAGAAGCUCAGGCUGACUGGACGUCCAAACUCCCCUCUGUGCCAAGUUUGCAGCAUCUCAACCCGAAAGAUGUCUAUGUUGCCUCUUUCUUCUCGACCCAUCGACCCAUGUCCAUCACCGGAGCAGUGCCUCCAGAGACCUCGAUCGAGACUAUUGACAAGAUCUUCCAACCGAAGACAAAGUCCAAAGCCCGCAACGCUCCCAAUGAAGUCAUCUACACGCUUGCUUCUGCAGUCGACCAUUUGGAUGAGCAGAUAGCCAGCAAGCAAGGUGCCCAUCACUCGCAGAGCGUGGAGCAAAAGGCGGCCAUCAUCAAGGCCCUCACACAGCGCAGUGACAACCCCACGGAUCUUAAUCGGACCUUGCAUCUCGACGGGGUUCCGAAUGGAGGAAAUGUAAGACUUGUCAUCCAGGAGAUUGCACGCCGCUUCCGACCAUUCAACGUGCCCCCUCCUCCCACACCGAUCACCGACGCCCAAAUUGAUGCCGCCGAGGCCGAAGCCGAGGCAGCAGCAAAUGCGGAGGCGAAUGAGGAGAUGCAAGCGAGGACUCUACAGCUGGAGAUCGAACAACAGGAGUACGAUCCGUACAUUCAACAAGUCGUCCUCAAUGUACCGCAAGAGUCGGGCAUGCAACAUGGUGGCUUCUUCUCCAGUCAUGGUGGUCCCAUAAUGGAAAUUGAAGAUGCACGCCGUGUGCAGAAAAUUCAAGAACAGCCCUUCGAAAGGCGCAUCGGUGGACGGAGACGUUUUAUCAGAAGUCCCAGCAUGUACGCCAUCAGUGUGAAGAGACAGAGGCGUCUGAAGAUGAAGAAGCACAAGUACAAGAAGUUGAUGCGAAAGACGAGGAACCUGAGGAGGAAGUUGGGCCAGAUCUGA